UUUGAUUGUGACGUCACAAAUCCAAAAGAUGCCGGGAAGCUGGUCACUGUGUUGAAAUGGAGAAAGUGGUUUAAUAUUGUGACUGGGUCUAAAGAUAGACAGGUCCGCUCUAGGGAGAAUUUAGCAUAAUGGAGGAUGAAGAGCGGUGGGACAAAGUGAAGAACUGGGUAAAUGUCCAGCAUGACAUCCAAACUCGCCUCCAGAAGCCAGACAAGUUCGACCAGAGUGUGACACUGCACCACGGGCCGCAGCUAUACCACACACUGCGACAUCCUGCUCACAUCAAGUGUAUGACCCAUUUCACCAGCAAUGUGGGGGAGAACUUUGUCACCCAUUACAGAAUUGGGACGAUGGACCACAUCUCUAUAUGGAACAUGGAAUCCCGAGAACGAGACGCUGUGUGUAAUCAAAAGAGGUUUAACAUAGAUGCUGAAUUGACGGCCAUGAUGUUUGUUCCUAAGCACAGAGUGUACCUGGGAUUCGGGUCAGAUCUGAUCAUGCGGGUGUACACUGAUGCGAAGAGUGGCUGCAAAAAUGUGGGAUCCAUUCCAUGUGACACUACCAUUUUAUGCAUGUCAUACAACAAGGAUACAGAUGAGGUGUAUGCUGGGGGAAUAGGAAUAUUGGAGAAGUGGGUGUUCUCUGGUUCUGAGCAUGCUGCUUAUGUACAAAAGAGAGAAAAAUUUGACACAGAGAUAAGAUCAGAUGAGUGGGUGAUAGAUAUCAAGGUAGAUCCCAGAAACAAACAGAUGUUGGCUCUGACCUAUGAUGGAAUAUAUGUUGUCAGCUUCAUUAGCAUGAAGCAGACACAUUUGCUCCAGAACAGACAUGAAGGAUCUCUCAGAUGCUGUUCCUUCUACAAACAGAGGGAAUACUUUAUAACAGGUGGGGGAGAUGGACAAGUCAAGGUAUGGAAUGCGGUUGUUUUCACACAAGUCCAUGUGUUCUACGGCCAUCGUGGACCAAUCACAGGACUCCAAGUCCACAGCACAGACCCCCUACUGUUCUCUAGCUCCAUGGAUGGCACAGUACAAAUCUGGAGGAUGGACAACUUCAGCAAAUUUAUGAGAGUUGAAUUGGGAGUUGGCAUACAGCAAAUGAAACUUUUAGGUGAUGAAGAGUUUUUCUGUCAGACAGAGAAGGAAAUUAGAAUCUACAAUUUGAACCAGUUCUACACGUUGUUUGCUCCAGUAGAGUCAACGGUGUUUAAAUUAAAGCUCUUUCCUAGUGUCAGAGGCAAGCCAAGUCGAGUCAUAGCAUCUACUGAGGAUGGAUCGGUCCGAUUUUUCUCCCCUGUAACUGGAGCCACAAUUACCAUGAUCUACCCAAUGCCAACAUUUCAGGUUUUUAGCUCUUUUGCAUAUAACAGAGAUAAAGAAAAGUUACUCACCAUUCUACAAAAUGGAGAUGUCUUAGUAUUCAGUUGUGAUACGAACCCUUGUAAGGCGGAGGAAGUAUGGCAGCCAGCCUCCCCCGAUGAGGAGGUUACUGAGCUCUCUAUCAUGGCUCUGAGCUACUCUGAUAUAGAUGGUGAGAGUACAAGGGAAACUGUUGUCUUGGGAGGAUUAAAGAAUGGACAGAUCUCUUUACUGGAUGCUGAUCAGUGUGUGAUGGUCAAAAACCUACAAGCUCACGAGGGAGCCAUCACCUGUAUGGAGGCCAUCACUGACAUUGAUGAUUCAGGAUUCCAGAUCCUGGAGACCAACUCCACCCUGGUCACUGGGGGGCAGGAAAAGUCCCUCAAAGUGUGGUCUGUGAAGGUCAAACCUGGUCACUCAGGGAACAAAAUUAUCCUGGAGCAGCUAGUGAAGAUUCCAUGUGAUGGUAUACCUAACCUCCUUAGUGUGUAUGAGAAUACCUUGUGUGUCACCAUAGACAGUCCUGAUACAAAACUGUUAUUAAGAAUGUACAGAAUAGAUGGUCGGGAUCUGGAGACCACAUCCUCAAUACACUACACAGAGCUGUACCACGCCCAGGAUGAAGAACACACAGAGAGGAUGACUGCUCUAGACAAGUGUCCCCUGUUAGGAUUCUUUGCUACUGCCAGUGAAGAUGGUUAUAUCAAAGUGUGGAAUCGCCACAAUCAGUUGGUGAGGGAGAUGUACUUUGGAGAGCCCCUGUUUGGUCUGUGCUUUGCCAAUGCUCGUGGAGAUCUGCUGCUAGGAUUCCAAAACCACAUCUGCUUAAUUCCUUUGACCAACUUCUUCCCACAAAAUUAUUUGGAGCUCAUUUCACAUCAGGAGUUUCGGGACGACCUAAGAGAGCCUCCCAUUCCGUACAGUUCAAAGGUCAAGUCAUGGUUUGAUCCCAGCAAACUACCAAUCUUCAGUACCAACUUGACAAUCCGACACCAGGAGAAGCAGGAUGAGGACAUAGAUCAGGGGAUCCUCGAGGACAUUGAGGACCUGAGUGAUUCUGAUGACAGCUUUGAUGUCCCAGUUCGCAAAAAUUUCCGUCUUCCCAAGUCCAAACUAAAUCUUGAAGAAGAGAAAAUUCUGAAGGAGUUGGAUAAGAAAAGGCAUUCAAUCAGUGUUGAGGAACCAGAUUUUUCACAGUACCGGUACAUGGAUUCGACAGAUAUUUUCAAUGAUUUAUACAAAGCUGAGGAAAGUCCUCAACCUUCAGAUAAAGAAGGUAUUGAGACAGACACAGAGGAAACUCCUCCUUCUAAGAAAUCCAAAAAGGAGAAAAGAAGGAAAAGUAUUUCUUCAAUCCCCAACAUUCAUAUGUUGACUCCAUUUGAACAAGCUCUCCUCAAGAGGAGGCCAAUCAUAGCACUGGAUGGAUACAUCCCAAACUCUGUGAUCAGGAAACAGCUGGGUUACCGCCCGCCAACCCCACCCCAGAUCCAGAAACGACAGGCUGUCUGGAGACCAAAGCCAGUUCCAAAGCCCUUACCACAGAAGGAGGUUGAAGAAGAGGAAGUGAUGGAUUUAUAUGAGUUAGCACGCAGAUAUAGAUUUGAUGCUGGUGAAUCAGACAAUGAAAGUGAGGCCGAUGAGCCAAUCGUAACCCGCCCCACUAAUCGGGGCGGCCGUAAUAAAAGGAGGCAAGUCAAAAAGAGGGUAAAGGAUGAUUGGAGCGAUGGAAGUGAAGACGAUGAUGAUGAGGAGGAUGAUGAGGAGGUCAUUGAUGACUUUAAGGAGGAUGACUCAGGGGUAGACAUGGCUGAGUCGUUGGUAGGGAGUCAGUUCUCUCUGCUUGCUACUGGUAAAGCGCUUAAGGAGCAGAAGCCACUUGUUUGGGGAGAGCCAGAGAGUUCAACCAAGAAGUCUAUCCUGACCCCCUGGAAGAAGAUGACCAGCAUGGUCCGCACAUCGUCCAAUCUGUCGUCCACUUCCUCCAAGCGGGCCUACAAACCCACCAGUCGCCGAUCUACCCCCAACACCCCCACCAAAUACGAACAUCCCAGCAUUAUAAAGCAUCAGCACCAAAACCAACAUUUUGUAAAGUCCAAAGCGUUUGAGUUUGGAAAUGUGUUUGCACCUCACCCUAAGUCUGGGGGGCCAGGGAGUCGCGAGAGGACCAAGUCCUUCAGACUGAGCAACAUGGUGGUCGAUGAGGACUCCACUGAUGUCAGGUUCAAGGAAAAAGAGAACAGGAAGAAGGUAAUACAGGUGAAUGACAUGGAGGUGAUGCAUAAGCUGAUGAAGGAGGACUUCUUCCGCGACCUGAAGGGGACUCCCUCGUACGAGAGCAUCCUCCAGCAGUUACUGACCAUGCUGGACACGGAUGAUGCCGACCUCCACGGCAAAGUCUGUAACUACAUCCUGGAGAUCCACAAUGAUGUGGGUAUAUCUGAUGUCUACCUUGAUCGUAUCAUCAACAAAUUGUCCAAUCAGCUGAGUGCAGGAAACAGCGUCAGUACUUCCAUUCGCAAAAACGGACUGUCGGCACUAUCUGUAAUCGGCAAGAGUCGGCAAGAUGUGGUGGCCACCAUUCUGCCUCGACUCAUCGAUAGCUCGACUGACAUCCGUGAAGAGGCUGCCGAGGCCUUGGCCCAGCUGACAGGAGUGACCAACAAGACAGAGCUUUGGAGCCUGAUGGAGGACAUGGGACUCCAGAAAUCCUACAGCAGCAAGGAGGACGAGGAGGAGGCGCUCAAGGCGCUAGCCAUGAGGCUGGACGUUCCAUACCGGCCAGACAGCUUUGCGGACUGGAUCGGGGACUGGAUGGAUGACCUCCAGAGUCCGGCCAUGUACGACAUGGAAGAUGAUUUGAUGCUUAAUGACAUUGAAAAGGCUUGGGAUGGCAGGGAGAAAAGAUGGAAGCCAGAGUCUCUCUAUUUGUCAGAAUCUGUCAGUCGGGCCUCCAAUCGCCUCAAAGAGCUCUCCUUCAUAUCAGACAAGUCACUAUUAGAGGAGGAACAACUCAGUUUCAUUAGCUAUCAAAGUGAAGCAGAGGACGAGGCAGAGGAGGCGGAUGACUUGGCAAGUGAGUUGUCCUGUAUAGAGGAGGGCCCACCCUCUCUAGAACAGUCCCCGGGGCCCCAGCAAGAGGGGAUGAAGCAGCUCUGUAUGGGGAGUCAGGUUUUGAGGAUCUCAGAGAAACUCGGUCAGAUGCUUCAAGACACAGACCCCCAGGGGAUAUUUUCUCAGGUCCACCCCCCAGACAGCGAGGGCUAUGCCAGACAGAUGUCUAUCAUAGAGCAGAUAUUGAAGGAGAAUCCAGACUUUCACCUCAGCGACUUGGAAUUUGAUAGUGAUAUGUCCAACUUAACUCGGGGAAGGACACAGGAGGAUGGUGAGAAGGCCCCGAGUGAAUCAGAGAACACUCGUGGGCAGGAGUUUGAUGUUGUUGAUGGACAUACUAAGGGGGUCCAAGUGGAGAAGAGCCUAGAGGAAAUGAUCCUCCUGGAGCAGUCUAACAGAACUGAUAAUACAUGUAUUGCUGAGAAAAUGGAAAGGUCUUCUUCAGUCCAUAAGGAAACAGAAUCUGGUCAAUUCACCCCCGGGAGAACAAGCAGAACUCGCCUUGAGUACAGGAGUGAACUAGAAAAUCUGAGAGAAUCAGUAGAUGGUCAACGUUCACAGACACCCAGAAAAUACAGUCGGGGAAGGUUGGAUAAUUCAAACUUGAUCUCCAGUCAGAAUGAUGGCUCAGAAUGCAGUUAUACCUCAGAGAUGGAUGAUUGGUUUGACCCCCGUGACCCCCACCUCCACAAAUACUACAGGAACCAAUACAGACGGCCCGGCAGUGGAAGACCCAUUGGUAAGCGAGGCAAGGUGUUUGAUAAGUUUGGAAACCUGAGAGAUGAUGUUGAGGAUGACAGCUUGCUUGGCUCUUCAGGAGAGUACAGUGAACAGACUGUGGAUGGUGCACCCUUGCCCGAAGAUUCAACUAAGGAAACUAUAAGUGUUCAGGACUCUGGAAUUGGAAGAGAUAUCUCAGAGUCUACCACAUCAAGGUCAAGUAAAGGUCAACCAUUUUUGACCCGUGCAGAAAGGUCAUCUCAAGGACAUCACAGCAAAGGUCGGAAGAGAUCGAAGCUGUCGGACUGGAGCAGGACGCAGCUGUCUCCCGUCAAGUCCAGUAGUUCUCAUUAUAAGUCCACCAUGUCCACACCAAGAUUCAGCAGAGACUGGCAAAAGUUUUUUGACACACCCACUGCUCUGGAAAGGAAGCGGAUGGAUAUGGUGAGGAAGGACUUCACUGAGGGGAAAGUGAAGCAGCAGGUGCCCGCCACCAUCACCUACAUCUCUAAUGAUCUCCCCAUGUUACCCGGGGAAGCUGGCCUCAGGUUGUUGUCCACAGUGAAGGUUGGGGAGAAAAUGGAAGGAAGCAAACAGGAGAUGAGGCAUCAAGUGGAGGCCAUUCCUGGGAAGCUGAGCUCUCAGACCAAGAAUGAAAACCAUGGACAAUCUCAGUAUGGCAUUCUGAGUAUGCAGUGGAUCACAGAUAUCCCAGUAUCCAAUGCUCCCGUUGCAUCCACCCCUCGAGCUUAUCCUCGAUCUGAGUCCUCCACAUCACAAGUCACAGAUAGGUCAAUGGAUGCUAAUACGGUGAAGUCCAUGGGCAGGAACACGUCCCGUUUACCAAGACUUGCCCAGAAGUAUUCCAAAACCAAUGUAUCAAGUAGAGAAAAAUCAAGGAGGGAUACAGAAGACGAGUCAUUUUAUCUACCCACAAUUCCUGGUGCUUACAGUCCUGACUUUGUUUGGGAGCACCCUCUACCUCCGCCACCCCCAAGAGAAUCUAGGACAAAUGUGGCAUCCAUCAGGAAAGACCAUGAAGAGUACUGCAAAUACUAUAGUUUAAUAAAGCGCAACAUGCAGAAAUAUACCUCUACCGUGCCAUCAUUACCUAAGGUGGAUAUAAAACAGGCCAUUCCGACCUCCAAGUUACAGAAGAGUCUCACCAAGAUGUCCAAGCUCUCCCGCGGCCCAAGUCUGUUCUUCCCCAGAAUCACACUGAAUCAGCUCAUCUCCUCUACCUGAUAAACUGCCUUCAUUUAAAAAUAACUGGGAGUUUUUCCUCUUUUUCCUUUGUUUAAUAGGAUUGAUCUGGUGCAAACAUUUUAAUGUUUUCUGUUCAUAUGUACUCUUUGUAAGGAUAAGUUAAUGUUUAUUUUACUUUACACCAAUUUAUUGAAAUUAUUGAAUAAUGCAUUUAAUUUGUGACAAUUGGUUACUUCUUGUUUUGUUUUUCGUGGUAAAUUGUCACUAUUAAAAUUCUAUUCAGCAUUGUUACAUGUAUCAUGUUCAUUAAAAAGCUUUGUGAUGCGUUAUUUUUUCUUCACAUGUUUUUUUUGGUUAAUUCCUCAUUUAUACAUAUUAUCAAGGACUCCAAAGUGUUCUAAACACAAAAUAUUUUACAAUGUAAGAUGAAGAUUUAUUAUUAUGCUGUUUAAACUUGUCUGUGUGUAAUUUUCUCUAAAUUCUUUUUAUUUUUCAUGCAUUAUGUGUAAGAAGAAUGCAUAGAUUUAAAGUUAAUUUUGUUAUUUUUAGCUGACUAAUUAUUUAUGAAUUGUUUUGAGUUAAGUUGACCAUUUGUUAUUAAAAUUUGUUAAACCGUC